CCGCGUUUCAACCUGUUUCGGCAAGCAGUCGGCGCAACCCAGUUCCACCUUGAUACACCUUUAUUUGAUCUCUCUGCCGCCGGCCGCGAAGCUACUUGAUCUCCCGAUUGCCUCCCUCGCAUCGCAACUCCGUUCCUUGCCUCCAUCUGCUGCCCGCGCCGUGUCAGCCCCAAUCGCUUGCCCCAGUCGAUCUCAUCUGUGUCUGCGCCUCAGCCCCUCGCCGUGCUUCGCCCGCCCCGAAUUGCCCGACUGCCUGCUGCCCGCGAGUAUUUAACCGCUGCUCCUGUCCAUCGCUUUCCGUGACCCAGGCCAGGCCCUGAGGUUGCCCCAUUCGUUCGUGGCGGCAAGAGGAAGAGGAAGCCAAGGCUGCCGUGUCUCGUCUCCUCGUCGUCUUGUCCAAGCUUCCGGCCCUCCUGCGCUUCCUACCAACCCGCCCGUCCUUCUCACGCCGCGAACCGACGAACUUGCAAAAACUCCCCGAGCAAAGCCGCACCCGAUAUUCCGGUACCCGACCCGACAAGCGUCUGCUGUGCGGCGCAAAGGCCCCCGGUGCCUGGCUGGCUGCCGUAGCACGAGCGCGCGCGCGCAGACCAUACACAGGCCGCUGCGACCAUGUCACAAUCCGACGACGCAAAUAACACCCGCGGGUGGGUCAUGUGCGCCGUGAGCGGCAUAGCGUGCGUUGCCGGUGCCUCGAUCAUAUGCGUGGACUCGCUAGUGCGCCUAUUUCCGGGCCAGAAGCGCUUCAGGAUACAGGAGAGCAAUGUCUUCCUCGCGUGCUCCCUGAGCUUGAGCUUCGGCGUUAUGAUAUUCUCCGCCCUGUACAACAUGCUCCCCGCAUCCAAGCGAUACCUGCUCAAGGCCGGGUGGCGCGAUCAAGAGGCCGGGUUCCUCAUGAUGGGCUGCUUUGUCGGCGGCUUCAUCGGCAUCCAGUUCAUCUCCAGGCUUCUCCACCGCCUCAUGCCCUCGCACGUUGUCGACUGCGACCACACCCACGAAGAACACGCCCACGACGCCCACUCGGGGCACGACCACGGCCAUGCCCAUGACCACAUACACGACCCCAGCGGGCGUCGGUCGAGACCGACGCGCCGGCAGUCGUCCAAGUGCAGCUCCCCCGGACCCCUCAUGGUGACAACUCUGGUGGGCCAGAACGCCGCCGCCACCGAGUCGACACCCCUGCUACCCUCGGAGCGGACGGCCAACACGGUCGCCUCGCCCAAGGACGCGCCCGGGAGCGGCGAUCUGGCCGACGAUCUGGCCUUCUCCCUCGCCAGGAGACCGUCCAUAAUACAAGUCCGAGACCGCCUCGUAUCCUUUGUCAAGGACACAAAAGCCAACUGCGACGAGACCGGCCCCUGCUACGGCUACACGGACCCGUGCGGCCAGGAGUGCUUCAAGCACCUGAGCUCCCGCUCCGCCCUGUCGCGCCUGCCCACGGCCCUGCGCACCACGACGUGGUUCUCGAGCGCGCGUCCCGUCGAGACCGUUCCCGAGGAGGGCCGCGGCGCAGAGGCCACAUCCUCGCGGUGUCGGCUGAACAAAACCCGGUCGCGCGGGGCGCCGCACCGCGGCGACGACCACGACCACAGCCACGGGGACGCCCACGACGCCCAUGACGACCACGGCCGCCACCACGACCACGGCCAUGAGGACCACCACGACCCCCACGACUCCCAGGCAUCCACGUCCUUGUGCUCGAGCAACGGCGACGACGACGACGACAUCGAGGCGCAGCACCACCACCACGUGCCCACCAACGCCUUCAUGGCCAUCGGCCUGCAGACCGUCAUCGCCAUCGCGCUGCACAAGUUCCCCGAGGGCUUCAUCACGUACGCCACAAACAUGGCCAACCCGGCCCUGGGCUUCAACGUCUUCAUGGCCCUCUUCGUCCACAACAUCGCCGAGGGCUUCUCCAUGGCCCUGCCGCUCUACAUGGCCCUGGGCAGCCGCGCCCGCGCCCUGGCCCUCUCGUCCGUCCUGGGCGGGCUCAGCCAGCCCGCGGGCGCCGCCAUGGCCUGGCUCUGGUUCAGGGCCGCGCGCCGCUCGCGCUUUCAGAUAGACAACGUCGCCUACGCCGCCCUCUUCGCCGUCACGGCCGGCAUCAUGGCCAGCGUCGCGCUGCAGCUCUUUGUCGAGAGCCUGAGCCUGAACCACAAUAGGAACCUGAGCAUCGCGUUUGCGUUCCUGGGCAUGAUCAUGCUGGGCCUGAGCAGCGCUCUUGUCGACGACGAGUAG